GCGGGACGCCGCUUCCUGUGUCACGUGGUACCGGCCCGUCUUAAAGGCGCCGCGGCGGGUCCCGGCGAUGGCGGGGGGCGAGAACGUGUUUCUCUUCGUCCCCAACCUCAUCGGUUACGCCCGCCUGGCGCUGGCGGCCGCCGCCUUCUACCUGAUGCCGCGGGAGCCGGGGCCGGCGGCCGCCUGCUACGGGCUGAGCGGGCUCCUCGACGCCCUCGACGGGCACCUGGCGCGGCUGCUGGGGCAGGGCUCGCGGCUGGGCGCCAUGUUGGACAUGCUGACCGACCGGCUCUCCACCAUGUGCCUGCUGGUGAACCUGGCCCUGCUGUACCCGGCGGCCGCGCCCCUCUUCCAGCUCAGCAUGGCCCUGGACGUGGCCAGCCAUUGGCUGCACAUGCACUGCACCACCCUGCAGGGGGGGCAGAGCCACAAGGCGGUGGGGGGGGAGGUGCACCCCCUCCUGCGGCUCUACUACGGCUCCAGGCCCCUCCUGUUCCUGCUCUGCGCCGGCAACGAGGGCUUUUACUGCUGCCUCUACCUGCUGCGCUUCGGGGAGGGGCCGCCCGUGGUGCCGGGGGGGCCGGGGCUCUUCCGCGUGGGGCUCUGGCUCGGGGCCCCCCUGGCCGCCCUCAAGGGGGGGCUCAACCUGCUGCAGCUGGGGGGGGCCGCCCGGCGCCUGGCCGCCCUCGACGCCGCCGAGCGCCCCAAAAGCCGCUGAGGGGCCCCCCCGGACCCCCCCGGGCCCCCCCGGGACCCCCCGGACCCCCCCGGGCCCCCCCGGGCCCCCCAGACCCCCCAAUAAACACCCACCCCUCCCCCACA